AUGUCCGACCCAGAGUCGGCAUCUCGGGCCACAUUCCGGAAGGCCGGAACAUUUAUUAUGGCAAGACGACUUGUCCUCCGAUCCCCAUAUGAGCGCUUGCAGCUUGAGCCUUACGCUCCGACUCCCCCUGGACCUUCAUAUAUCCAGGUCAAAGUUGUAGCAACGUCUUUAAACCAUCUUGACUGGAAGAGGAUAAAGAAGAAUCUCUUCAUCCCGGAUUUUCCUCAUGUUCUUGGCAUGGAUAUUAUUGGACAAGUCCUGGACGGCAGCCAGUCCAGAGGGUUCCAGAAAGGAGACCUGAUAGUAGCACCUGGAACGGUCGGCUACAGCGACGGUUGCUCCUUUCAGACACAUGCGCUGGUUCAUGAGGAUCACUGCGCCAAGAUUACUUCCGAUAUAUCAGUGCUUGGCCUUUCGACCCUUCCCUUCAGUCUCUCCACCGCGGCAUGCGGCUUGUAUCUUGGAGCAGGCCUCGCGAAAGUCGCAGAUGAACCCGACACUACUCAUGCCCAAGUACUCAUCUGGGGUGCCAAUGGCGGCGUUGGCAAACUUGCCGUCCAGCUUGCCAAGAUGUCUAGCUAUUCUGUCAUUGCAGUUACGUCGAGAGAUGAAACCAAGGUAGAAGCUGCAUCAAGGGGCGCUGAACAUGUUUUCUCAAAUUCUGAAUCGGAUUUGGUAAAGAAGAUUCGUGCCGUUGCGCCAAAUCUACGCCACGCCUUUGACACGGUUGUCACAAGUAACACCAUGGCUAAGAUUGUUGAAUGUUGUGAGAAGCCAGCAAAGGUGGCUACCGCGAUCAAGUAUAAUGGAUCUGAUGUCGACGGGGUUCAAGUUACUCCGGUCUACAGUGGUGAGAUUAUGGGAAAGACAAUGGUAGGUUUGCCAUCAGCAGCUGGGCUUGAACUUGGAAAGUGGCUUUGGGGGAACCUCGACGAGUGGUUAAAGUCAAAUCAGAUCACGCCGCUCGAAUAUGAAGAGCUUGAUGGAAUUGAGAGUGUUCAAGAUGGCUUGGAGGUCCUGGAAAGCGGAACCGCGCAUAGAAAGCUCGUCACGUAUGUUGUGUGA